CAACGCAGUGGGCACCAGUAAUUAUCAUGCAAUAAAGAAACGAAGCAAAAGUGCAUUUUUAUUUCAAGUGUACACAUCACAAAAAAGGGUUUUGUCUUUCGUUGAACCUUAAGUAGGCGCAGUUUUGCACUUUUUGCACGGCACUCUCGUAAGCAGUUCGAAAAUAUCACGUGACGCUAACAGACGAUGCAAAUUCGCGCCAUUUUCUGCGACCAUGGCUACGGCGAGCGGUACCGACGAACAGCCUCCGGCACGCCAAAGAAAACCGCGGGUACAGUGGUCGGAGAGAGACACCUGGGCGUUAAUCAAGUUAUGGGAAGACAACCUGCCCUCGCUGCGUGCGCAGAAGCACAACGGAGGCGUUUACGAUGGCAUUGCACAAGCAUUGACGAGCAUGGGUGUACCUCGCACAAAGGCGCAAGUGCACAGCAAGAUAGAGAACCUGGGACAGACCUACAGGAGCUGCCUGAAACACAUGACAACAGGGUCAUCACCGCCGAGCUGGCCAUUCUUCUCCGAAGUCCAUAGGUUUCUAGGAUCCCUGCCUGUUCACGAUACAUCUUUAAUGGAAGAGGCUGGGUGCAGCGAGAGCACAACAAGCAGCACUGCCUCCGUCGAAGAACUGAUCUUCGACAUGCUUGAUUCCGGCUCAGAUGCAAUGUUGAAGUUUUUUAGUAAAAACUGA